AUGACCAGCCCACGGAUUUCCCUGGCCUUCCAUGGCACCGCAAUCCACAGCUCAUCAGUCAGCUCAAUCGAAAUCCUCGAGAACACGCUGAUCACCGUAGACCAACAAGGCAAGAUCACGAACUGCAUACGACCCAUAUCUGCCCACGAAGUUCCCAGCACGCUCGCCCACCUCGACCCAUCCUUCCCAGCACCAUCCGUCCGCUACAUCACCUUCCCAUCCUUCCUGAUCCCCGGCUUCGUCGACACACACAACCAUGCACCACAGUAUCUCCAGCGAGGCCUUGGCCAAGGAAUGCACAUCCUUGACUGGCUCUCCGCCAUGACCUUUCCCAACGAAGCCCGCUUUGCCGACCCCGUAUACGCACAACGCCUUUACGCCCGCGCCGUCUCCGCUUUCCUGAAGCAAGGCAUAACCUGUGCAUCCUACUAUUCGUCUCUUCACGGUCCAGCCACCCGCCAUCUCGCCGAAGCAUGCCUCGCCCAAGGCCAGCGUGCCCUCGUCGGAAAGUGCAAUAUGGACCGUAACUCCCCACCCACCUACAUCGAGCCCUCCGUCGAAGCCUCCCUGGCGGAAACAAAGGCUUGCAUCGAGCACAUCCGCCAUAUCGAUCCGAUAGGCAGCAUGGUACGUCCAGUCCUUACUCCGCGCUUCGCCAUCUCCUGCACUGCACCUCUCCUGUCCGGCCUGGGCGACCUAGCCACAUCAGAUCCUUCUCUAGCAAUCCAAACGCACUUCAACGAAGCCCAACAAGAAGUCGACGCCACCCUUUCCCUCUUCCCAGAAUUCAGCACCGAAGCACAACUCUACGAACACUUCAACCUCCUCGGCCCACGCACCAUCCUCGCUCACUGCACGGUCAUGUCACCUGAUGACGGAACCGGCGAGAUGGCCACCCUGAAACGCCUCGAAUGCGGGAUAGCCCACUGCCCGAUAGCAAAUACAAGUGUGGGCGGAGGAUUCAUGGCCGCACCGAUCCGCACAUUCCUGGACAAGGGAAUCAAGGUCGGACUGGGUACCGAUUCCGGCGGUGGUUGGAGCAGCAGUAUCCUAGACGCGAUACGUAUGGCGAUUGUGGUGAGCAAUGCCAGAGAAGUGCAGAGCGGCGGAGUCGAGAAAGCGUUGAGUCCAGACGAGGUUUUCUACCUAGCUACGUUAGGUGGUGCGCGAGUCGUGGGUUUGGGUGAUACAGUCGGCAAGUUCGAGGUCGGGAGAGAGUUUGACGCGUUAAUCGUGCGGCCGAAUGAGGUUCUCAGUAAGGAAGGCGAAGUCGUGAGCGAGGCAAAUGGAGUCAUGACGCCGGUCGAAACAGAUGAGUCGUGGAGGUCGAUCUGGGAGAAGUUCCUGGUCUCAGGCGAUGAUCGUAAUAUUGUCGAGGUGUUUGUGAAGGGAAGGUGUGUGAAGGCCUCCACGUAG